AUGGCUAAAUUAGUCGUGAGAGAAGAUGCACACCUAUUAUUUGGAUUUUAUUCCAAGCAAGAACGGGAGAUGUUUAAUUUGCUCAUUAGUGUAAAUGGAGUAGGUCCUGCUUCUGCUAUGAUGAUGCUUUCUACCUUAAAUUUAGACGAAAUUGCAGGAGCUAUCGGGAGCGGAAAUAGUGCCUUGCUACAAAAAGUGAAAGGAAUAGGGAUGAAAUCGGCACAAAGAAUCAUUAUUGAUUUACGAGAUAAAAUGAGUAUCUUUGUCGGCUCAGGAGAGAUUUCCUUAAAUCAAAACAAUAAAAUUAAAAAUGAAACGUUAAAUGCUUUGGAGGUUCUUGGCGUUCCGAAAAAAAUAGCGGAAAGACAUAUUGAUUUGUUGUUAAAGGAAAAUCCCGAUAGUUCCGUAGAGGAAUUGAUAAAAAAUAUUCUAAAAAAACUAUAA